UUAUUUUUAUAUUUACUGGUGUGUAGUGGAGGGUUGGAUACGCAGUUUUACAAACACGGCUGGUUGUAGUGUCAACUUCCAAAAGCUCACUCCAUUUUGUUUUGCCCGAUGUGAUUGAGAAACCGUUAACCGACAGUCUUGGUAUCGCUUACGUUCCCGGAAACCGUUAACCAUCAGUCUUGAUAUCGGUUAAGUUCCCGGAAACCGUUAACCGACAGUCUUGCUGUCAGUCUUGGGUCUGGUUCAAUAAUGGGUCCUCGUUUCUCGUAUCACACACGUUCGCCAAGAGCCCCUGGUAAUGAUGUCACCAAACAUCGAUACAUUGACGAAAUCCUUGACAGAGAUGACGACACGGAGUUUGAAGAUUCAGUGGUCGAAGAACAAACAGAAAUAGAAGAUUUGUCAUCAAUAGACGUUAGAGAUUAUGUGGACCAGUUUCCGUUUGAAAAUAUCGUCUUUGAGGGCGGUGGUGGUAAAGGCGUGGCCUAUCCGGGAGCUCUACUGGCCUUGGAAGAAUUAGGCUUGAUGGCAAAAAUCAAGAGAUUUGCAGGGACAAGUGUGGGUUCCAUUACAGCGUUCUUGGUGGCGCUAGGAUACAGCUCCGAGGAAAUUGGAGAAGUCAUGGAAACGGAUUUCAGAACGCUUUUCGACGCCACACUUGGACGAUUAAGUUUGCUCCCCAAUCUAUUCCGCUACUUCGGAUGGCAGCCCAUGAACACGUUGUAUGAAUUGGCUGGAAAACUCGUUGAGAAGAAACUUGGUAAUAAAGACGCCACUUUUAUCGACUUGUACAAUAAAACCGGAAAGGAACUUUGUAUCGUUGUCACCAACGUUAACAACAUGGAGGAGGAAUAUUUUCAUCCCAAAACCACACCCGACACUCCUAUCAGAAUAGCAGUCCGGAUGUCAGCAAGUCUUCCAGGCAUGAUGCAACCCGUGGGUUACACAACCUGUGGUCAAGAGAGCAUUUACGUAGAUGGUGGAAUGCUGGCUAACUACCCGAUAACUUGUUUUGACGGAUGGUGGUUGUCUAUGAAAAAGGAAGACUCGCUUUUCAGAAGGCUGCAGAAUCUGAAUAACCUCCAUCACAUUAUGGACAAAAGACACAGGUUUGCUCGGGACAAAGACACAGCUGAUAAAACGCUAGGAUUUGUUCUGUACUCUGAAGAUGAAGUUCAGAACUUCCAACAAAUCCUCGAAUGUAGACGAAUGACUCCAUUGGUUUAUCCCGACACAGAGUUAGGCAGAAGAGCGAAAAAUAAAAAGAAAAGUGAGGUGAAAUUGGGAAAAGAAUACCUACAAGUUAAAAGGACCGUCAACAAAUUCUUAGAGCUUGCAGUCAAGUACGACAAGGACAGUGAUCAGCGGAUAAGCAGAGAAGAACUUUCAGGGAUAUUAAACGAUAAAUAUUUCACAGAAACGGAUAAAAAAAGACUCUUUGGAAAAAAUGUGACAGUAGAGGACGUCAUGAAUCGAUUGGAUAGAGAUGGAAACGGCAUGAUAAACUUUCAAGAGAUUGUUGCCAUGAUGGAAGAUUCGGGAUUUACAAUAGGGACUCGCUGUUUGGGAUUAAAACGACAGAGUGUCACAACACUGACAACGCUUUUAAAGACACUUUACAACACCAUGAAUGUCAACAUCAGUCAGAUAGGAUUUAGUAUUUUUGCUGACCUCAUCAAUGGGUGCAGAUUUAUCUAUUAUGCCCGAAUAAAAGUCGUAGUAGAAGUCCAUUUAAAUUCACAGGAUUUGUCUAGGACCGUGGGGAUAAACACACAUUAUAUAGGGACCCUAACGUUUGGCGUCACCAAGGAAGAUGUAGACUUUUUGAAUCAGGAAUCCUAUCGAUCUACCAUGGACUUUUUGAGACACUUUGCAGCAUCAAAAUUAAAAUCAAAGGAUGAGAAGAACUGAAAUCUGACAAUGAUAGCUCUGACACUCAACCAAAGAUCGGAGUUACAUACAAUAGCCCAAUAGUCGAAAAGGGGGAUGAAUUCUCAACAAAACAAUAAAAAAAAUUGGAAACUUUGGUUUAAACACUUACAUUUUACUGAUGCCGUGUUUUAAUACGUCUUAUAGAAAUUCUAUACAAAAACUGAAGCCAGCAUCUUCUAGAGUCAGUGGAACAACAUUUUUUAAUUCCACCAUCAUUGUGGUCUAUUGUCGCUCUUUUAUUGUUUUUAUCAUUUCCUCAUUAAAAUUUCAUAAUGGGUAAAUUAUGAAAAUUCUACAUGUA